CGCGAUCGUCGUCGUCGUCGUCGCUAGGUGUGUGCUGACAUCCACAGUGAGCAAACGGAGAAGUAACGUCUAUUUAGAGAGUGUGUGAGUGUGAUUCGCUGUACAUAGGACAGAGGUUGCUAGAAUAGAAUGAGCCGGCACGCGUCAACUAGCUGGUGGAAGGUGACGCUGGCAGCAUUCCUGCUGGCGCUGGUGACCGGUGCGGCCGCCAGUGCCGAGUCCAACGGAGCUCACAAAUCGCUGUCGAGACCGCCGCGCGGUCUGGGCUUCUUCCAGAAAGUGUCCCACCUGGGCUCGCUACUGUACCAGCAGUACAACGACACCACCUACACGCUGAAGAACGUGUACAACCUGCUGAGCAACGAGUUCACCGAUACGUACACCACCACGACACCGGACCCUCGAACCACACCGACGACGCCCGAUCCGUCGACCAGCACCACGGCCAAGUACCGGAUCUCGCGCGUCGAGCUUGGGCGCAUCCUGAACCGCAACUAUCGGGGCCUCCAAAAGCUGUUCCGGCUCGAAUGGAACGACGCGUGGAAUCAAACGAAGUACAACAUCGAAGACUACCAGCGCGAGCUGAAGUACUCGGCAUUCCCGCCCCGGAACCGAACCGCACCCGGGUCGGCCAGCGUGAACCUAACGGUGCAGGUCGAUGCGAAGAAGGGCAGCGCUUAGAGCUUCCCUUCGACGACGACGACGACGACGGCUUCAACAUUCCAGCCCACCAGCGUGCGGGUGGGUCCGGGUUCUUUACUGUGAUACGACAACAAACUGGGUCCAUAGGAGCUAGCGAGGGCGAGACUGCAGCGGGCGAGAUAGUGAGCGGCGA